ACUCAAGGAAAAAAAUACACAUGGCGCUUCUCGCGGCGAAACACAAAGCCUUUACCACUUUAACUCGCUGGACUCAAACUCGACGCACACGUUAACCUGGCCACCUAUUGUCGUUGAGAUUAAUAGUGUGAAGACCGAAUAUGGGUUCUGAGGCUUGUUUUCCAACAAAAGAGCAGCUUGACGAGCAAAUCCUUCGAUCUCCAUGGGCUGAGUACCCUCUGCCGCCGUUGCACAAAGCAUGCAGAGAUGGCGAUGUACAGAGUUUGYUGUAUCUCGUUAUCCAAGGAGAUCGUCUCGAAGUGUUUCGGUCAGUGAACGAGCAGGAUCAAUUCUUGAUGUGGACACCGGCUCACUGGGCUGCUUAUUUUGGACAGCUUGAGUGCCUGAUGCGCCUUGUUAGUUGCGGUUUUAGCCUUGAUGUUGUGGAUGGAAGGUUAAAACAAACAACUGCUCACCUUGCGGCAUUUUCUGGUAAUGCUCUUGUACUGGAUUGGGUUCUUCAAGCAGGAGCAACAGCUGAUAAACAAGACAGUCUUGGGGAAACUGCUGUUCACAAAGCUGUGCGUGGUGGAAGUCCAGAGUGUCUCAAUAUUCUACAAAACUAUGGAGCAGCAAUGAAUUCUGUGAAUUGUAACCUACAGACACCAAUGGAUAUAGCUCAUUUAUUAAAGAUGGAAGAGUGCUUACAUUUUCUAAAAAGUCUGAAUGGUUUUAUAUGUAGGCCUGCAAAACGGCCAAGAGAUGGUGAUAGCAUGGAUGAACAAGCAAAAAGACCAAGAAAUGAGUCUCACAAUAUAUCAGUCAAUGUUAGUGUAUCAUCCUUGAUAACUAAUGGUCCAAUGCCUGAUGCUGGGCAUCAGCAAAAACUUCUUGAAAUGAUGGAAGCCAACGGACAGUAUCCUGUAGUUGAUCAUUCCAUGGCGGCUUGUAUGAACACUGACAUGCAACAUGCAAACCAUGUACAACACAAUUCAGUAAUCAAUGGAGAUAUUCACAUGGAUCACUCAUCACAUCAUGAACCCAAGACGGACACUAUGUCCAAUCAGAUGCCACAAAGAUGUUUAAUGCUGUGCAGUCACUUUCAAUAAAAUCAAAUCAUGAUGGACCAUCCAUCCAUCGGGUCAGUGACACCACACUUUUCUUUGAAUAUUUUGAAGUUGUAGCUUAGUGUCUAGGUCUUCUCAACAUUGCUUUUCCUUUUUUUUUAUUUAAAUUUUUUUACCAUUUAUUUUUACCAAAUAGCUUAGAUUAAAAUAAACUUAUAGCAACAAAGGCAAGUUAGGUAGGUAACUUUGGAUUUUCCUAUUCAAAAAAGGUUCUGCACAAAAAAAAUUCAAUUCAUUCCUGAAUUGUAAAAGCAACAAAAAAUUACAUAUUACUGCUGAAUUUCACUUUUACUACCUUUUAUAAAAAGUCUGUAAAAUACAAAURAAAAAAAGCUUUUUAUGCUUACUAAUGCUGCUAUUAUCAGGUACCAUUUCAAUAGUGUAAAUAUCAUUUUAAUGUUUUAGGUGCUUAUGGUGUAAAUUAUGUUGAUCAUAAAUUUAUAGUACAAGAUAUACAGGUUCCAUCGUAUAUUCAAGCUGGUCUUUGUAUAGUAAAUAAUGCUUUCUUUGUAUAAUAAUUGUCAGAGCACUUUAUUCACCUUUAACUCAUUAUUUUCUUCACUAUAUACAAUAGUAAUUCUUGAUAGAGGAUGCACUAUUACUGGAAUUAAGCUUAAAAGCUUUCAUUGUAGGGUGUGUUUAKUUUAUCUGUGAAAUGAUUAAAAAAGACAAAAUUGUACAAACUUUUUGUCUUUAAUUAUAUAAUUUGUGCAAUGUCUUCCAAAGUGUUUCAUGGGAUAUAAUGAAUACACUCUAUGCUGCAAUGUUAAUGGAGUGUGUUUAGCCAUAAUACAGAAUAUAAAUGACUUUAUAUUAAACUUGUUGUGGAAAUAUUUAGCUAUUGGGAUUUGUAAAUAAUCUUUGCAUUAUACUAGUUAGCCAUUUUGUUAAAAUUCUUAAAAUAUAUAUAACUUACAUAAGGCUUUCCAUAACCUGUAAGAUAUUCAUGUGUAAAAAGUCUACAAAAAUACUCUAAAUUUUUAUAAYGUCCGCACUUUGAUCCUGAAUAAUUAACAAAUGAGAAAUGAUUUUUAAGUAUUAAAUUAAA